AUGCUUUCUCGCAAGCCUCUCUCCCCUGUUACAUCGCUCAGCAUCCCUCCUAUUGAACGACUCCCGGUUGAAAUCCUCGCGGAGAUUUUCAUCCUUUGUAUUUCUCACAGCGACCAUCCACCAUUGCUCAGCAGCAGCAGAUCGACGGAACCCCCGAUACUUUUUUGCCAUGUCUGCAAAAGCUGGCAAAAGAUUGCUAGCGGUUUACCCAGGUUGUGGACCGCAGCUUUCGUCUGCACAGAGGGUAUUGAUCUGGAAGUGCAGAAAGAGUUGCCCCAGCUGCUGAAUAGGUGGUUUUCCCACUCGAACCAGCUUCCGUUGUCUUUCAAAUUCACUUCUGAAGCCUGUCACCAUGAUUAUGACGUGAUGGAAACGUUCACCGCCUGCGUCACUCCAUUUGCCUCUCGAUUUUGCCACCUUGACUUUGAUUUGAAACACUUUGUCUGUUCGAACCCCACCGGUACCUACCUUCAAUUAUCCGCAUCACAGCCAACACAGGCACAGCUUUCUUAUCCCGACAUAUUGUGGUCUACCCUCCAAUUUCUUCAAUUAGAGUCUGUGAUUAUUCGGGGUGGUGUCGACGUCUACGCUGACUUGGAAACCCCUCUUUUUCCCUUUGCUCCCCGCCUUCAACGACUGCGCAUGGACAACCUUUCAUUCGUAGGAUCCACCCCUCUGCAGCUUGUUCUUCCGUGGAGUCAAUUGACUCAUCUCAUCCUCGUCAACCUCCUCGAAUCCCAUUUGUGGCUGCAGCUAUUUCCCAUGUGCCCAGCACUUCACCAUGGUUUCUUUGACAUCAUUGAGGACUUCACUGGCAUGCCAAGUCCCUCAACCGCUGAACGUGUGGCGUUCCAUCAUCUCAGCGAUCUGACAUUUGCGUUUAGCGACCCAAUAGAUCCUAGCAUCCUCAGUCAUUUCGACUUCCCAGCUCUGAAGACUCUGAGGCUUCAAAACGACAGCUUCAUCAGUUCCGAUGGAGGUGAUGAUAUGUUCUGGACAGCCACCACACGCAGGCGACUUUGUCAACAAGUUGCCCCACUUGAGAGGCUUUCUCUUAGUGGAAGUUGGCCCUACGUUUGUAUCUUGAAGCUGCCGCGCACAUCAUUGAGCUA